AAUAAGAAUCUAGCUGGAUACUCGCUUGACACUCAGGGAAACGUUCCCUUUGCAAUCCAAGGGCUCAAAGUAAGUGCUAUCGAUUUUGCUUAUCAGCAAGAAGGAUGACUUCAAACACAGGGUUGUCGAUUGCCAUAUUUCCCCCCAAGAAGUAUGAAAAGACAUUAAUGAUAUCAGUAUACAAACCCUAGGAGGAAAAGACAUAAAACAAACUGCGCGGCUUUCUUUGAGCAGCAUCAAACGAUUAAGUGUUUAAGAACUUAAAAUUUCAUCAAAAGCAAGAAGAAAAUUAUUUCUACUAGUUGGAGUCACAAAAGAACACAAGCGAUGGAACAACCUCUCAUUGUUAUUGCAACCUUUGCCUGCGCCUUGCAAAUUUUUGCCGCAACACACCAAAAGAAGCCGCUUUAUAUCGGCUGUAUGUCGCCAAUGACUGGAAAAUCAGCAUGGUGGGGACGCGGGAUUCCUGUGGCCGCGGAAAUCGCGUUUGGUCUAAUAAACAAUCGCAAGGACAUUUUGCCUGGGUACGAGUUCAUGCUUCUUGCCAAUGACACGCAGGGCAACACCGGUCAAGGCAAUAAGAUACUGUACGACUAUCUGUCAAAGAAACAAGUCGUUAUGAUACUCGGGCCCGCGCGGUCAAAUGUGGCCUUGUCGGUUGCAAGCACUUCGAUGUACUGGAAUCUGAUUCAGGUAUCGGCAUCUGCGACACACAGUGACUUGUCGUCUUCAAAAUCCUAUCCAUAUUUCUUCCGCACCAUCCCCUCCCUGGGAGCAAUGCGAAAGACGUUUCUGACCCUGGCGAGACGAUUUCAUUGGACAAGAAUAGCCAUAUUGUUCUACAACCGUGAUAUGCAAGCGCAGGCAGCCCGAGAGCUUAGGGAAGAGCUCACUGACAAUAACAUUACAAUUCUGAGUUAUGGCAGCUACUUUGAUGGUGACGACGCAGAUACGCAGAUUAAACACCUGAAGGCACUUGAUGUUCGGGUUGUGUUUGGUUUUCUUCAGUUGACAACAUCAGUUAUAUGUAAGAUUUACCGUCAUGGAUUAUACGGAAGGAAGUACGCGUGGGUGAUCAAUACGCCGGAUAACAAGACCACGUGGUGGCGACGCACCUACCCCUCCCUUCCCUGCACCGAGGCGCAGAUCUACAAGGCAGCGGAGUACACCAUUAGUUUAGACGAUAUGCUCUUUGGUAUGGACACGGACCAAGGAGUGUCCGGAUUGACCACCGAAGAGUUCCAAAAAAUGUAUACACUCCAUUCGCAAUAUCACGGGCUUCGCACAUCCUUAUACGGUGCACUGGCAUUCGAUGCUGCUUGGCUUAUGGCCCUUGCGUUGAAUAGCUCCGCGCAGGAACUGGGCCCAAAUAGUAGUUUGGAGAAUUUCCACUACAUGAGUGAGAGCAUGUCUGACGUCAUCAAAAGAAAUCUUUUGAAGAUUGAGUUUGUUGGCGCUACCGGAGUCGUGCACUUAAAAAGUAACGGCGACAGAUAUGGCAAUUUCGAGAUUUUUCAAGUACAAGGCAACUCAAUAAAGCUGAUCGCGAAACACGAGACCUUGAGUAGUAAUUUUACUCUUCUUCCCGGUCAGGACUUUGUCUGGAGAGAUGGUCGGCCUCCCUUAGAUCACGUGACUAUCGUCCCGCAACUUGUCGAGUUUUCCCGCGUGGGCUUUAUCCUGGUUUGCGCAUUCGCCUCAUGUGGGAUAUUGAUGUCCUUGGGAUUCUUGUAUUUCAACAUUAAGUUUAGAGAGAAAAGGUUUAUCAAGAUGUCCAGUCCUAACCUUAAUAAUCUGAUCAUUGUGGGCUGUGUGUUGGCAUACGUAUCCGUCGUUCUCUUCUGCGUAGAUGGCGACAAGCUAAGUGAUCUUAUCUGCCAGGUGCGUGUGUUUACCCUCGAUAUAGGCUUCACGUUAGCAUUUGGUGCCAUGUUUUCCAAGGCAUGGAGAGUGCACAAAAUAACGCGAAAGCUCCGACUUAAACGCCGUUAUAUCAAGGACGUUCACCUGGUUGCCAUGGUGAUGAUAAUGCUAUCCAUAGACAUCAUUAUACUCGUAACAUGGCUACAAAUGGAUCCGCUGACCAGAGAUUACAAAUGGCUAAACCGGAAGAGUCACAGCGCCUCGCAGCCAGACGUCAUCUUCCAGUAUCGAAUCCUUCACUGCAAAGGCGAGAAUGUGUUCAUAUGGCUAGUGAUUAUCUAUGGGUUCAAGGUCUUGCUACUACUUUUUGGACUUUUCCUUGUCUGGGAGACGCGAAAAGUGAAAAUCACAGAACUUAAUGAUUCACAGCACAUUGGCAUGGCAGUGUAUAAUGUUUUCAUCGUGUGCAUAAUCGGUGUCCCUGUCACAAUGCUGCUUAAUGAGGAUAUGUACGAGGCAUCAUUCAUCAUCACCACUCUGUGUAUCAUGUCUUGUACAACCCUUACAAUAUGCCUCGUGUUUGUACCCAAGAUAAGAAAGUUAGUAAAGUCCACUCUUGACGAGAAUCCUCCCAACGAACCCUCAUUCAAAAUUCGCUUCAACAAUGAGACAAUCAGAUGCACGUGUGAAUGCCAUGUGCGCAGUAAAUAUGCAGCAGAUGAGGUACCUAAUAUCCCGGAUGUUACAGGAACAAGGUAUCUUCAAGAUGACAUCAAGGAGUUGGGGCCCAAGUUUUUUAUUGGACAGAAACCCGUCAAGCCGGGUGACUUAGAUUGACUCAUGGACAAUUUGCUUUAGAGAGGGUGACGUCAAUGCUUAGAUUAGGCCACGGGAAUUUGAAAUUCGCUUAACAGAGGGUCUAACCAAUUCACAGAUUAAGCCAGGGGAAUUUGAAAUUCGCUUAACAGAGGGUCUAACCAAUGCACAGAUAACGUCGCUUAACAUAGGGUCUAACCAAUGCACAGAUUAAGCCUGGAGAAUUUGAAAUUCGUUAAGAGAGGAUACACCCAGUGCUCAGAUUGAGCCAAGAUUGUCGCACGCCCUUUUUUUUCAAAACUCUAAAAUUUUGCUGCGUUUACUGAUCCGUCAAUCACCGGAGGAGGCGGGGCGUAAACUCAGGGUUCCGAGCUUAAGUUGCCUCUCUCCGCUUUCAUGCUCUGUUAAAAACAUGGCUCGAGCUUUUCCGAAAGAAUUACGUUGGAGAGUGGUUUUUAUGUUGAGAUGUGAUGAUUGGAGGAUUAGAAAGAGCAGCAACUUUAUCGAGUUUUGAAAACGGGGGGCGCGCAACAACGAAUUUGGCUAUAAGAGAGGUUAUAGCCAUUUAGCAAAGGGAUCUAGAGUUCGCUUUAGAGAAGGCCGCGCCAAUGCUCAGAUUAAGCCAAGGGAAUUUGAAAUUAAGAGAGGGUCUAACCAAUGCUCAGAUUAAGCCAAGGGGAUUUAAAAUUCGCAUUAGAGAGGGUCUCGCCAAUGAUCAGUGGAUGUAAGGUAUGUAAGAAUUCGCCCAUCUCAGAGCCAUUAAGGCAUGGCUCCAAUAAGAAAAUGCCGAGAAAUGAGAAAUAGAUUCAUAUCUUUUUUUACAAAAAAAGAUUGUACUGCCAAAUUUUGGACGUGUGCUACAACUCUUCAAGGCAAACAAUAUUUUGAUGUCAGUAUUCAUGGAAAUGAGGACACGAGACUACAAAUGACCGCCAUCUUGGAUUUUAACAAUAGGCCAUAAAAAAACUUUGCAGAUCUACUUGUGUUUAGUAUGUCUAAAUGGAUCCAACUGGAAAACUUGUUUUUAAUUGCGAAUAUAUAUUUUUUAAAUACUUUUCUUUCUUUUUUUGUAAGUUGUUACUUUUAUAUCUGUUUUGAUUUUAUAUUUUUCCUAAGUCUUCAGUUGGAUUUAUAUAGAUGUGGUAUUGCACUUUUGUAGUUUGCGAUUUUCCCGAAAAGUUAAAGUGUCUAAAUAUUUUUUCUAUGAACAUUUAUCAAAAUCCAAGAUGGCGGCCAUCUGUGUUCACGUAGUUUGUUUCCAUUGCAACAAACCAGUUAAGGUUGCGUAUUUGUUGAGAUACAACCUAUGACCAAGUUUGGUGACAACUAUAGUUCCAAUAUUCCGUUUUAGAGCCAUGCCUUAGAUACAAUAGAAUUAAAGAAAAUAUCGAGAGAUCAACGGAGACGACAUCGCGUAAAAAUCCCGAAUGUAUAUCUCUAUUGUGGUGUCUGAUAAAGUUCUGAACACAAAGACUUAAAA